AUGCUGUCAGAAAGUCUACAACUCGGGAGACUAAGAACAAAAGUAGUCCAGCAGAGUCCCCCAGGAUGUAUUGUCCCCGAGCCCGAUGUAGAUAAACCACGUCUUUUCGAUUUUGAAAAGCUGGCCGAGUAUAUCAUUCCCCGUCAAGCAUUCUGCAAUCGAUACGUUACAGUCUGUGAUCCCGAGAACAAAUAUCGCAUCUUAGGCCAUCCCGUCUGUAUCAAAAACGAGAAAUACGAACGUAAUGAAUUUAUGUUUAAUUUUUGCAUUGUGACGAGAGUCGAGGUUGAUAAGAUUCCAUACGAAGCGGUAGUCAAACGUUUGGCAAGUACGUUUACGGAGAUGGAAAUUCAGAAUGAAUUUUUGAGUCAGGAGGGUACGUUUCAAAGUCAAGAUCGAAGGUCCAUUGCUGCACUGCUGGAGAUAAUCAAGGAGGAUUUGAAUAAUUAUAAUGAGUGCAUGAUUCCUGUUGAUGAUGCCAAUACAAUCAACAUGAAGCUUUUUCCCAUUCACAAACACCCACCUCCGAUAAAAUCAUGGCACGUCCCAAUCUCCAAGAUGAAGUUUGCGGAAAUCGUCGAUGAUACCUGGGACCUCACCAUGAAAAAGGUAAUCAGACAUAUCGACGGCAUCAAAGAUGUCAGAAGGAUUGCCCAUGACGCAAACGUCGCACUCGAUCUCACCAAAAUAGCAUUACAGCAUCUUCUUUAUUAUGACUCCAUCCUCAUGCUCGAUAUAUUCCUCUUCAGCAACAUAUACGCGCCCACAUCUGAAAUGAACGAUUUCAUAGCCGACAAGGAUGAUAUGCAAGAUGAAUGCGCAAAUUACGUCUACAUCAUUGGUCCUCGCCUUACCAAUUUCCUACUCUGUCGACUCUUCACCACGCUCUGUACAUCAAGGACAUUGAAGGAAUGGAUUAAAGUACAUAUGGAUCAAGGUCUCAAUAUUCUCAACUAUAUCGAUGUCCGACGAUUCAUCCAGUUUGGAGUCAUAAAAGGUCUCAUCUAUCGCGUACAAAGAUAUGCUGUCUCCUCGCAAUAUUUGGCAUCGAUCAUUACCGGACAGACUAUGCAUCUAGAAGGAAGGGGCAAUUUGUUACAGAGGUAUACGGAUGGUUGCCAGUGUUUUGAUCAAAUUACUACGGUGUUGAAUAUUGGAGAGGCGAAAAUCAUGGAACGGUUGCGCAGAUUUCCGAGAGGGGAUGUUGAGGUUAUCUAUCGGUGA